CAGUGGCUGCCGGGAAAAGGAGGAAAGUCGGGAAGUAAACAGUACUGAUUGGAUUCACUGGGUGUCUGGCUGUCUGGGGGUCAGCGGCGGCUGGACUUGAGGAGGCCACAUAACCAUGUCGGCCGCAGCUGUGGAUACAGUGAACGCUGCCCCCCUGUCGGGGUCCAAAGAAAUGAGUUUGGAGGAACCAAAGAAGAUGACGAGAGAGGACUGGAGAAAGAAGAAGGAGCUAGAAGAACAGCGAAAACUGGGUAAUGCCCCUGCAGAAGUUGAUGAAGAAGGAAAAGACAUCAAUCCUCAUAUUCCUCAGUAUAUUUCUUCAGUGCCAUGGUAUAUUGAUCCAUCAAAAAGACCUACUUUAAAGCACCAGAGACCACAGCCUGAGAAGCAGAAGCAAUACAGCACAUCGGGGGAGUGGUACAAGCGGGGUGUCAGAGAGAAUUCCAUAACUACUAAGUACCGUAAAGGAGCAUGUGAAAACUGUGGAGCCAUGACACACAAGAAGAAAGAAUGCUUUGAGAGGCCUCGGCGAGUAGGAGCAAAAUUUACAGGUACUAAUAUAGCUCCAGACGAACAUGUGCAGCCUCAGCUGAUGUUUGACUAUGAUGGCAAGAGGGAUCGGUGGAACGGCUACAAUCCAGAAGAACACAUGAAAAUUGUAGAAGAAUAUGCCAAAGUUGAUCUGGCAAAACGAACAUUGAAAGCCCAGAAACUCCAAGAAGAAUUGGCCUCAGGAAAAUUAGUAGAACAAGCUAAUUCUCCAAAACACCAGUGGGGAGAAGAGGAACCAAAUUCUCAGACGGAAAAAGAUCAUAAUAGUGAAGAUGAGGAUGAAGAUAAAUAUGCAGAUGAUAUUGACAUGCCUGGACAGAAUUUUGACUCCAAGAGACGAAUCACUGUCCGGAAUCUCAGGAUUCGAGAAGAUAUUGCAAAAUACUUGCGGAAUUUAGAUCCAAAUUCUGCCUACUAUGAUCCCAAAACUAGAGCGAUGAGGGAGAAUCCCUAUGCCAAUGCAGGAAAGAAUCCAGAUGAAGUGAGCUACGCGGGGGAUAACUUUGUCAGAUACACAGGUGAUACCAUCUCAAUGGCUCAGACGCAAUUGUUUGCCUGGGAAGCCUAUGACAAGGGCUCUGAAGUGCAUCUUCAGGCUGAUCCGACAAAACUAGAGCUGCUGUAUAAGUCCUUCAAGGUCAAGAAAGAAGACUUCAAAGAGCAGCAGAAAGAGAGCAUCCUGGAAAAGUAUGGUGGCCAAGAACACUUGGAUGCCCCUCCAGCCGAGUUGCUUUUAGCUCAGACUGAAGACUACGUGGAGUACUCAAGACACGGGACAGUCAUCAAAGGACAGGAGCGGGCUGUUGCCUGCUCCAAGUAUGAGGAGGAUGUGAAGAUCAACAAUCAUACGCAUAUCUGGGGAUCCUACUGGAAAGAAGGCCGAUGGGGAUACAAAUGCUGUCACUCUUUCUUCAAGUAUUCCUACUGCACCGGAGAAGCUGGGAAGGAGACUGCUAAUUCAGAGGAACGUAUUAUAAAUGAUACAACUGGAGAAGAGUCUGUGAAAAAGCCUCAGACCCUCAUGGAGAUGCAUCAGGAAAAACUAAAAGAGAAGAAAAAGAAGAGGAAGAGGAAGCAUCGAAAGAGUAGUUCAGAGAGUAAUGAUGAAGAAAAGAAACAUGACAAAUUGAAAAAGGCACUGAAUGCAGAGGAGGCCCGUCUUCAUCAAGUCAAGGAGAUGAUGCAGCUUGACGAGAGGAAGCGGCCUUACAAUAGCAUCUAUGAAACUCAGGAACCCACCGAAGAGGAGAUGGAAGCCUACAGAAUGAAACGUCAGAGGCCGGAUGACCCCAUGGCCUCCUUCCUUGGGCAGUAGUUGCUGGUCACAGACGGUCACCCAGGAUAGACUCUGUUGAUACGUUCUUUUAGAUUCUUGCCAGUGAUUAUAGAUGGGAGAAUCCCUAUCUGCUCUUCUUGCUCCCUGACUUGAAGAAAGCUUCCAGAAGUCUCAUAGUAAAUUCAUUCCUUUCCACACUGAAGAAAUAAAGAAGAAAAAAACAUGUACAUUAAGUGCAGAUUAAGAUUUUAUAUCUAAUUUUGUAAUUACAGUUGUAGUUAUUUGGUAAUCAUUUUUGCCUUCUCAGAUUUUUCUGAUCUGAAGCUAAUUAUCCUGUCGAGCUUUGGGUUACUGAAAAUAAAUCUGUAGAAUGUGUAAAUAACUUUA